AUGGCAAAAAAGAAGAAUCCGCAGGUUUAUAUGGAUAUAUCUAUUGAUGGAGAUCCAGCUGAGACUAUGGUUUUUGAGCUUUUCCCUGAAGUCGCUCCCAAGACAUCAGAGAAUUUCCGUGCACUAUGCACAGGAGAGAAAGGCGUCGGACCCAGGAGUGGAAAACCUUUGCAUUACAAAGGAUCCUUCUUCCACAGGAUACUGAAAGGUUCCUCAGCACAGUACGUUGCUGUUCUUUAUGCUGUAGGAUACAGGUCUGAUCGCCACACCUGCUUAUCAUGUGAUAUAGCUGGCGACUUUGUGAAUCGAGAUGGUACUGCUGGGGAAAGCAUAUAUGCUGGAAAAUUUCCAGAUGAGUCACCGAAACUAAGGCAUGAGGAACCUGGUCUUUUGUCGAUGGCUGUUGCUGAACGUGACAAGUUGGGAUCACACUUUCAUAUUACCUUCAGGCCAAAUCAUCAGCUUGAUAGGAAAAAUGUUGUUUUCGGAAAGCUUAUUCAAGGGAAAGAGGUACUUAAAAAAAUUGAACGUGUGGGUGACGAGGAAGGUAAACCUACUGUCAGCGUGAAGAUAAUUCGCUGUGGAGAAUAUUCUGGAGACAAGAAGAAGAAUACCGUUGAUGGUCGAAAAAGGGGAAGGCACAAGAAACCUUCAAGAGAGCGAAGAAAGAAGAGGCGAAGACACUCAUCUGAGUCUGAAAGCUCUUCAGAUUCUGAGACGGAUUCUUCAGAUUCUGAUAGUGAGUCAGAUUCAGAUUCGUCUUCAUCUUCGGACCUUAGUUCCUCGAGCCAUGAACGGCGGAAGAAAAGAAAAAGAAGUUCAAAGAAAGAUAAGCACAGGCGGUCGAAACAAAGAGAUAAGCGCCAUGAGAAAAAGCGAAGGAUGCGCGAUAAGAGAUCAAAACGCAAAUCAAGAAGGUCCCCAGACAGCCUUACAGGUGAAGAAGGCAACAGUGAAAGUGAAGCAAAUUUUAGUGAUGCCAAUGGUGACACCGGGGCAAAAAAGAGGAAACCCAGAGUCUCGAAUAGAACAGGUCAUUCUCCACCAGAGGUAGAAAAAGAAGCUGAAUCACUUCACCAGGACAAAAGGGAUGGGCCGGAUUUGCUUGACAAGGAUGAUGGUGCAUCAGGACACAUUUCUGAUAGGCAACCUGAUAUUGUCGAUGAUCAUCCUGGCAAAUCUAGGAGCUGGAGCUUGAGUCCUAAGAGGAAGGCAAGUAAGAGCACAAGUAUUAGUCCCUGGAGGAGUCAGAGUAAAAGCCCGAGUUUAAGUCCUAGACGGAAUGUGGGCAGAAGUCCUGCUAAAGGUAGCCGCCAAGUGAAGAACAUGACAAACAGUAGAAGCGAUAGCCCAGGGAGUGAGGAGAAAGGCAGGCAUAUUAGGAGGAGCCCUUCGGAAAGUGUUAGUAGAAGUCCUGUGCGAGUAAAAAGGAGAAGAGAUAUUAGUAGAAGUCCUUCAAGGAGUAUAAGCAGAAGUCCGUUGAGGAUCCCUAAAAGAGGUAUUAGCAGAAGUCCAGUGAGAAUAAGAAAUGCCAAAAGCCCUAGCAGGAGCCCUGUAAGAUAUUCAAGGAGUAUAAGCAAAAGUCCAUUGACGAGCCCUGAAAGAGCUAUUAGCAGAAGUCCAGUGAGAAGUAGAAAUGCCAAAAGCCCUAGCAGGAGCCCUGUAAGAUCUUCAAGGAGUAUAAGCAGAAGUCCAUUGAGGAGCCCUAAAAAAGGUAUUAGCAGGAGCCCUGUAAGAUCUUCAAGGAGUAUAAGCAGAAGUCCAUUGAGGAGCCCCAAAAAAGGUAUUAGCAGAAGUCCAGUGAGAAGUAGAAAUGCCAAAAGCCCUAGCAGGAGCCCUAGCAGGAGCCCUGUAAGAUCUGCAUCUCGCGGCAGUCUUGGGAAGGGCCCACUUAGAAGAUCAUCAAGAAGAUCACCUCGCAGAACUCCAGCUCGGUCUUCUAGAAGAAGCGUGAGCCGUAGUCCCAUUCGAUUAUCUAAAAGAAGCGUGAGCCGUAGUCCCAUUCGAUUAUCUAGAAGACGCCUGAGCAGGAGUCCCAUUAUAUCACCUAGGAGAUCAGUGAGCAGGAGCCCAGUCCGAUCAUCUAGGAAGAGUGUGAGCAGGAGUCCGAUUCGAUCAUCCAGGAGAAGUAUCAGCAGGAGUCCAAUUCGAUCAUCCAGGAGAAGUAUCAGCAGGAGCCCUGUUAGAGGAAGAAGAAGAAUUAGUAGAAGUCCAAUUCAUGUGAGGAGAAGGAGUCCCCGGCCUAGAUCUCCUCCUUAUGAACGUAGAAGAAGUUUGUCAAGAAGUGCUUCUCCUGAUGGGCGCAUCAGGAGAGGGAGAGGAUUUAGCCAGAGAUACUCUUACGCUCGUAGAUACAGAACCUCUCCAUCUCCUGAUCGAUCUCCUUACCGCUUUAGUGAUAGAAUUGACCGUGACAGAUUUCGAAGUCACAGAAGGUACUCGCCAAGACGUUUUAGAAGCCCAUUCAGAGCAAGAACGCCUCCAAGGUAUAGAAGAAGAAGAAGCCCCUCUGUAUCGCCUGGUCCCCGUAAUCGCCGGCGUUACAGCCGCAGCCCUAUCCGAAGCCGUUCACCAUAUACAAAGAGAAGAAGGUCACCAUCCGCUGCUAGCCGCAGCCUGAGUCCGUCGAGGUCGAGGUCGAGGUCGAGAUCAAGAUCAAUGUCAAAUUCAAAAUCUCCCGUUGGGACAGGGAAAGCAAGAUCGGUGUCAAGAUCACCAUCCAAGGCAAGGUCUCCAUCGAAAUCAAGUUCGUCAUCCUCAGAUAAUAGCUCAAGUGGGAAAAACCGAUUAGUAGCUUAUGAUUGA